GAGAUUGACAACAUGGAUACGUCUGACCUAGGAGGAGGGGUUAAUUGUACACCACCGGCAAUUGAGGACUUUCCACAUGACCUGUUUGAUGAGAAACAACGACAAGAAGGGGCCGUGGUUGUUCACGUCAUCGUCUCUCUUUACUUGUUCAUCGCUUUAGCAGUAGUAUGCGAUAAAUUCUUUGUACCUGCAGUAGAAAAAAUAUGUCAUGCAUUGUCAAUGUCAAAAGAUGUAGCUGGCGCGACAUUUAUGGCAGCUGCAACAUCCGCACCAGAAUUAUUUGUCAACGCGAUUGGGACUUUUAUUACCGAAGGUGACAUCGGUGUAGGAACGAUAGUAGGAUCAGCAGUCUUUAAUAUUUUAGCAGUUCCUGCUUGUUGUGGGAUUGGCGCCGGAAUGGUGGUUCCGCUGGAUUGGUGGCCUGUAAGCAGAGAUUGCUUAGCUUACGGCGUAACAGUUGCUAUCUUAAUCUGCAUUAUUCACGAUGAGAGAGUGGAAUGGUACGAGGCAUUGUGCCUUGUCCUUCUGUACAUUGUAUACAUUGCAGUAAUGUACUGGGACAAAUCAUUCCAGCGUUGUACACGGUUUCGGACAAAGACAAGCGUGUCUUCUGCCGAAGAUGUCCAUAUUGGACCAGGAGACGCCGGCGAAAUUCACUUAUCAAGAUCCGAUAAAUUGCAAUCGUCCGGCGAUAGAGUUGAGCAAAUUGCGACAAUCGACGUGCCACUGCAGAACGGAGGGACGAAAAGUCAAGAGGAAAAUCACGAGGCUGAAUACGAGUAUGAGUUAUUGGUGUGGCCAGCGAGAGGUGGAUGGAUACGUAAAACAGCGUGGGUACUUACUUGGCCAAUUCAUUUGGUUUUUAUGUGUACAAUACCAGAUUGUGAGAAACCUAGAUUUAAAAGAUGGUUCCCAGUGACGUUUCUCAUGUGUAUUGUGUGGAUUGGAUCACUUAGUUAUGUUGUAGCCUGGAUGAUUACAAUUAUCGGUCACGGCUCGAUGGGUAUCAGUAACUCAAUUGGCUCAAACACAUUCGACAUACUCCUUUGUCUAGGUCUGCCCUGGUUAAUAAAAUCAUCUUUUUCACCGACGCAGCCUGGACGUCACUACAUAAGUAUAAAUUCAGGUGGUCUUGAAUACAGCGCAAUAUCGCUUCUAUCAACAUUGCUGCUACUUUACAUAGCAUUCGCUUCGAAUAAAUUUCAACUUGAUUUAAAAGUCGGGCGUGCUUGUCUUUGUAUGUACGCAGUAUUUCUCAUUCUUGCCUCGCUUAUCGAGCUCAACGUAUUCUUCAGGGUGAAUUUACCCACCUGUCAGAGGACAGUUAAGUGA